AUGGAUGAAUGGAUGGAAUCUGGUACCAGUUUAUAUUACUUGUCUGCCACAGAGAAGACCUGGAGUGAGAGCAGACAGGACUGCAGAGAAAAGGGAGCAGACCUGGUCAUUAUAAACACCAAAGAGGAACAGGAAUUUCUUACAAGUCUGAAGGCCAAUGUGUGGAUUGGUCUGACUGACAGUGUAACAGAAGGAAACUGGAACUGGGUAGAUGGAAAACCACUGACCACUGAAUACUGGAUGGCGGGAGAGCCUAAUAACGUGAAAGAAGAAGACUGUGUGGAGAUCUUAGGACCUCCGAAAAAUGAUGAGAAGAACUGGAAUGACCGUUCAUGUGAUUAUAAACGAAAGUAUGUCUGUGAAAAAUAA